AUGGCUGAAAUUAUUGGACUAGAGCCAGAAAGAGUCAUGUGCCCUGUCAGGGCUCUCAAAUUUUAUUUGCAGAAGACGAAAGAAUGUCGAGGUCCUUCAAGCAACUUGUGGUGUUCGAUGAUGGCUGGUUCUAGUGCUGAUAAGGAAAUGCCAGACUUUAUGAUUGGAUCAUGUCUCACCAUGUGCCCCAGUGCCGAAGUUAGAUUAUGUAGUUCAGUAGAAAUCCUCAUAUCUGGUGUUACUGAGGCUGAAAGAUUUCCAGGCCGUUCACAGAUUGCAAAUCCAACAGAUUCUGCAUCGGAAAUUGCAGACCUGAAGGCUACCCUUCAAAGAAUGCAAGUCAAAAUGGCGGCUUUGGGAAGGUCUUUCUCAUUGCUUACAUCACACACAAGAGACAGGCAGAAUGGUCUAGUACAUCCAUUAGCAAAAGGCAGUUAUGCCAAUGGAGAGAAAUUGAAUUAUGGUAGCCAAAGAUUUAUGGUGAAGGAAUUUUCAAGAUCAGCUGCCGGCCAUGAAAUUAAGCCAUCAGACAUAAGACCCUUGCCUGUUUUGGCAAAGACAGUGAAAUAUCUCUUGACCAACUCAUGUUGUCGAACAGAUGUAUCAUGGGUAUUAAUAUACCAGUUUGUAAGUGAUCGCCUAAGAGCAGUAAGGCAGGAUUUGUGUGUCCAAGGAGUGAGGAAUUUAGACUGUAUUAAAUUACACCUUGCUUCUGUAAGGUUUCAUGUAUAUUCACAUUACAGGAUGUGUGAAAAUGAACUUGCUGAUUUUGACCCCUACUUAAAUAAGAAGAUGUUACUGGAAACACUAACAUUAAUUUUAGCACUUUAUCAAGAUUUACAUAAGGAAAUGGAAUCCCCUGAUGUGAGAGAACAGUCUGCAGAACCACAGUGUGAAAAUGAAGGAAAUUGGACUGAAGAAGAGGGUGAGGAAAGUGAAAAAAAGAUUAUGAAGGAUGCUCAGACAAAUGAGAAAAAUUCAAGUGAAGAAGCUACUGCUGCAGGCUUGAAUGGAAAAUUCCAAAACCUAGAUUUGCAAGAUAGAGAGGAAACAGAGUUUGAAAAUGAUACGAACCAAACUGGUACAGAAUCAGAAUCAAGAAAAAAUUAUGAAAACAUUGAAGCUUAUAGCAUUCGGGAAGAAGCUGAAGCUUUUUACAUCCUUGUGAAUUUUGGUAAUGAAGAAGCUCUUAGUCAUGCUCUCACAUUACCAAAGCAUAUAAGGUGCUCUUCUCUAGUCUCCUUAGUGUCAGAAAUGGGUACUUCUUGGCUGACUCACAAUUACUGCAGAGUAAUCCAUCUUUCAACUUUUUUGCCACCAUUGUUUCUGUGUGCUUUUCAUCCACAUAUUGCAGAAGUUGAAAGGAAAGCACUUUCCAUCAUGAGUCGGUCUCACAGUUGUAAAGGGCAAGUAUACAAAAAGGAUGACCUGGCCAAAAUGUUGUUUUUCUCAGACCAUUUUAUUAUGAAGAAAGCCUGUGAGCAUUAUGGGAUUGAAGUAACAGAAUCUGGUGUUGUCUUUAGCAAAGCCUCUUUUAAAGUAGAUGCUCCACUGAGAAAAGUAACCAGACUCCAGUGGAUUGAGGGAAGACUUAAUAAAGUUUCCCUUACUGAACUUCUCACUCCACAAGACCUCCAAGAUGGUGAUUUCAGCUCUUUGCUAUUGGAGCCUGGGAAGGAGGAAGAAGACCCAGUGUUGGUACUUCCUGAAGUAAUGUUAACUCGUGGAUCUGGUGUGGUUGCUGAAGCAUGCGAUGAAAAAGAUAUCACCCUGGAUCCAGCAGAUGAACCUGAUUGGAUUGUUGAUAAUAAUUCCAUGGUGCAUCCAAAAGAGGCAGAAGAGGUUUCAACAAAAUUUCCUCUUGACAAUAAAGUUUUAGAACUUGAUCAAGAUGAUGUAGAUAAAUUACCACAGCAUUCAAUUAACAAGGAACCUGUAGUUGUCCCAGAGAAUGGGGAAGAAGCUUGUAGCUGCUCAGAUGUUUCAGUGCAUUUAUUAACCAAACCAAUGCAUAAGGAUACUACAUAUAAUGAGAUUGAAGGAUAUGCUAGCAUUAUUUCUGAAAUGUGUCCAGAAUCACCAGAAAAAGAAGUGAAAGAAAAUGCAAAAUUACAGGAACAAGACAGUUUUAUACCUUUCUCAGGAAAUGGAUCAGUACAUCCAUCAGAGCAAGAAAGUUUAGCAUCAGAAGAUUCUGGGGUGUCUUUUGAUUCAGUAAAUCAGGUACUCUGUGAUUCAGCUUUGAGUGAAGAUUCCCCAGUAAUCUUCAACGAAUUCUCCAAAAAAGGUGAUGUAUCAACAGGGAAAUCAUCACUUUAUUGUAUGGAUAGUAACUUAAAUAAAAUUAUCAGUUAUCCUCACAAGACCCUUCAAAUGCUGAUGCUCCAAAUGAAGAAACAGGUACAACUUCAGGUAGAUGCAUUCCAGGUAUCAGCAAAACAGAACUGAGACGACGUAAAAGACGAGAAGAUAAAGAAGCUAUUGCAAAAAAGGUUCAGAAAAUGAAAGAAAAACAGAUAGCCACUGAAAACUGGAUAAAAAAGAAAGCUCUGGUUUAUAGGCCUCUUGCCAUCACUGUUGGAAUUUUGUCAGUGAGUGUUAUUGUGAUUUUCUUUUACCAGUAUUUUAAUGUAUAGAAAUUGCAGUUUUCACUGUUGCUAAGUAAUGCCUGCCUCUUAGAUUUUAUUAGGAAGUAGUUUUAAUGUUACUUUCUUUAUAUUAAAGAAAUUAUGAAGGUUGUUUUAGAUGGUCAUAUCUUAUUUCUCUUUCCCUUAUUCACAAUUUGCUUCCUUUUUUAUGUAAAAAAGGAACAUUACAAAAAGCUCUUACAAAAAGCUCUUUUAUUGUUGCAUGUUAAACUGACGACUUUUUGAAGAAAAGUUACAUCUAUACCUUAGUUACUUGUAAGAAAGCCAAGACUGUUGUACAUUGUUUUUCCAGAUCCAAUGUAUUUCUAUAGAGGAUUUUAAUGUUUCAGUAAUUAUAUUUUAAGUAUUACUUCUAUAUUACAUUUUUAUCUCAUGUAAAGGGAAGAUGGAUUCUUAUUUUAACAAAUGCUAAUCAGUUAAUUUUUUUCUUUUAAAGCAAAAGGAAAGUAAACAAGUUCUCAAUAAUAAAAAUUUAUGUAAAACUUGAAAAUGAAUGACAUUGAAGCCCAUCACAUCACAUAGCAGAGGAGGCAUUGAUGAUACAUAAUGAUGAAUAGCCAGUGUCACUCAUUUUGAGUAAUGUUUGUUUUCUACAUUUUGUAUUCCUAAAAUCAUCUUACUUAUUUCUGUUCCAUUGUAUAACAGGCAAAAUAUAUGAAUUGUGUAAUGCA